AUGAGGGGUUCGUCGAUGAAUGCGGUGGCCAUAGCUGGGAUUUUAACAAUGGCUUUUUAUAUGGAUUCUCAGGAUAUCGAAUUUGGUAAUCCGUGGUGGUUUGUUUAUGCCGGAAUUUCGUGUUUCCUCGUAAUCUUUGCCGGAAUAAUGUCGGGGCUGACGUUGGGGUUGAUGUCACUCGGACUUGUCGAACUCGAAAUCCUCCAGAGAAGUGGCACCUCCACUGAGAAAAAACAAGCAGCAAUUAUUUUGCCCGUUGUUCAAAAGCAGCACCAACUUCUUGUAACUCUGCUGCUUUGCAACGCUGCUGCUAUGGAGGCUCUUCCAAUAUAUCUAGAUAAGCUGUUUCAUCCCGUAGUUGCUGUCAUUCUCUCUGUAACUUUUGUUCUAGCUUUCGGUGAGAUCAUUCCACAGGCAAUAUGCUCUAAAUAUGGGCUUGCUGUGGGUGCGAAUUUCUUGUGGCUUGUGCAAAUCUUGAUGAUAAUUUGUUAUCCUAUUGCUUACCCUAUUGGAAAGAUUCUGGAUGCCAUCUUGGGGCACAAUGAUGCUUUGUUUAGGCGACCUCAGUUGAAAGCACUUGUUUCUAUUCACAGCCAGGAGGCUGGGAAAGGGGGCGAACUCACUCAUGAUGAGACUACUAUCAUAAGUGGAGCAUUAGAUUUGACCGAAAAGACUGCAGAGGAGGCCAUGACCCCUAUUGAAUCAACUUUCUCACUAGAUGUCAAUUCAAAAUUGGACUGGGAAGCAAUUGGGAAAAUCCUUGCUCGAGGACAUAGUCGCAUUCCUGUCUAUUCCGGAAAUCCAAAGAACAUUAUUGGACUUCUAUUGGUAAAGAGUCUUCUUACUGUACGGGCAGAAACAGAGACCCCAGUUAGUGCUGUUUCAAUCCGAAAAAUCCCUAGGGUACCGGCAAAUAUGCCCCUGUAUGAUAUUCUUAACGAGUUUCAGAAAGGAAGCAGUCACAUGGCAGCUGUCGUGAAAGUGCCAGAGAAAGAGAAAAUGCAUAAUUCUUCUUUUGAUCCUGGGAAGAUCGGAGAAAACAAUUUUACCAACGGCCAUUCGCAAUUGACUAUUCCUUUGCUGAAUAAGCAUGAUGGUAAAUUGAAUGGUGUUGUGAUCAACAUUGAGAAGGCGUCAAAAGAUACCUUGCAAGACAAAGAUCUGUCGAAGGAUAUUGAAGAUGGAGAAGUUAUUGGCAUUAUCACUUUGGAAGAUGUAUUCGAAGAACUUCUUCAAGAGGAAAUUGUUGACGAGACAGACGUAUAUGUCGAUGUACAUAAAAGAAUACGUGUGGCUGCUGCUACUGCUGCUUCAUAUGUUGCUCGAGCACCUUCGAACCGUAGGCUGACUGGUCAAAAGCCAUCGUCAGGAGGCCAAAGGACCAAUACCAAAGAAGUUCGACUUAACACCGCGGUGGCUAAGUUAGUGUUGUCCAAUACUGUGUACCAAAACAGGUCUAGUGUCUAUAUUUCAAGGUCAAUCAUGCGAGCAGAGAAGCAGAACAGUACAUCUCCAUACGAUAUAAAGGCGUGCCCUAUGCUCCUUGAUCUGCUUCAAACAACGCUGUGUCGACCAGAGUUUUGA